GUCAUAGGCAGAAGUUUGAUGAUUUGUACGGUUCCGUGGCGUGAAGAUCAAAUAUUUCUGAGCUGUUAAAAUUGUUUGUCAACCUUGAUGGUUUAAGAGGAAAAUCUUCCUCGUGACUUGGUUGAGGGACAUUUUUGUGCGACGCAUCUUAAAACACGUUUUGAUACACAGCAGCCCCAAGAAACACGAUCUGACAGCAGGUUGGGUUUAAAGCACAAAUCAUCUGUUCUUUAGGAAAAAAGAGUAAUCUACGCUGGUCUCCGUGGUAGAAGGACGUGACAGGACGGUACGAAAGCUACGUUCAGUCAUCAAACAAUUUUUUUUAAACACAGUCGACGUGCUGAUAAAAUAGAGAACAGGCUACAUCAUGAUGGAAGCAAUGAAUCCCGGCAAUCCUGCAGCCGCUAUGGGAGUCGGAAACCCGCAAGCACAAGGCCACCCUUUGGACGACAGCAAGAGCAAGCAGGCGAAAGAGAAAGUUUACCGUCGAAGUUACACUCACGCUAAACCACCUUACUCUUACAUUUCGCUGAUAACAAUGGCCAUCCAACAAUCGCCGAACAAGAUGCUAACGCUCAGCGAAAUUUAUCAGUUUAUCAUGGAUCUGUUUCCGUUUUACAGACAAAACCAGCAGCGGUGGCAGAACUCCAUACGACACAGCCUCUCCUUCAACGACUGCUUCGUGAAAGUGCCUCGAUCGCCGGACAGGCCUGGUAAAGGAAGCUACUGGACACUGCAUCCCGACUGUGGAAACAUGUUCGAGAACGGCUGCUAUCUACGCAGACAAAAACGCUUCAAGGCGGAUAAAAAGCCAAGCCUGAAUGACCUCCCUAAGCCAGGGUUGUUGAGCCCGGUUGUGUCUUCGAUGCAUCAUCAAAAAGUCCAAGGACCAAAGAGUUUAGGAGCACCCAGCUUUCUUGCACCGUCUCCUUACAGUGCAAUGAGCGCAAUGGGCGCCAUGGGAGCUAUGGGAAUGGGAGCAAUGGGGUCAAUGUCUAUGAACAAAUCAUUUAAUCAUCCAUUCGCCAUCAAGAACAUCAUCGCCUCCGACCACGAAGCCGACCUCAGAGGCUUCGAUCCAAUGCACUUUAGCCCGUAUCACCCAGCAGGAAUGUCUUCAUCCAUGUCUUCUCUAGGACUACCAAAACCCUACGACACUAACCCUAUAACAACUGAGCCCAGUCCGUAUUACCAAGGCUGUGUGUUUACACCUUCCAGUUGCGCGGGAAUAGCAGGAUUUUCAAACAUUUCAUAAACUGAUUCAUAAACUAUUCCGGGAUGUUGGACGCUUAAAUUAUGUACUAUUCCAGGCGCUCGGGAAGCUGCCUUGUAAAUUGAGUUAUCUGCUAUGAUACAGUUUGCCAGUGUAUACGAAUUAAUACUUAAAUUCGAAGGUGAUUUUGUUGAUUAUAUGUCAAGUAGGCGUUUUUCACUAUCAAAAGAAGACCCAAACGUUAACGCAAAUAUAGGAGAAUUAUAUGAGAGUUAAAGAAUAUUAUAAGAAGUGUGAUAUAGCUUGUACCAUUUCAUUCAGUCGUCGUACUCACUGUGAUUAUAGAGUAUUUUGACGAAAGUAAAUGUAUAAAUCAAAAUAUUUUGAAACUGAAUUAAUCGGAAGACGUGAUCGUUUAAGUUAUGUUUGGGGCAAUUCAAAAUUAAGAGCAUUUGUUGCAAACUCAGUACGUUAUUGUUUAGUGUUUUUUUGCUGCAGGGGCAAAGAUUAGCCAGAAAUUCUCCAAACUACCGAGUUAUUCGGUACAGACUGCUCUUGUGGUUAGCCGUUCGUAUGUCUACUGUGUAUUUAACACUGUGUUUACCAUUAUUUAUACAAGCAGGGAGAGGUUUUGUAAAUUUACAGUCUUGCUCAAAUAGCAGUUGUUGGUUCAACGAAAUAAAUUUUUAACGAAGAGU